UUUCCCCCUCGUACGGCCCCGAAUAACAAGGACCAACCGCCAGGCCCGGGCCAGAAGAUCUACGUGGGCAAUUUCCCGCUGGGCUCGUGGGAGCUCUCCUUCGUCCAGAGCCGGGAGGGGGGGAGGGGUGGGGUGUGGUUGCCCCAGGCCGACGGUAGCCAUCUCAUCUAUGACGAUCCUCCCAACGGGCUCUUCCCGUAUCUCCGGAAGUGCGACCCA